ACGCACUUGCGUUUUGAAGGGUGCACACACUAUCCAGUGGCAGUAUGUUCUAGUGAUAACUCCAAUGGUUCGACAACGCGCAUUCAGUCGCCUUCGGCCUCUUUUUAAGGAACCUUGCCAUGUCUAGGGCUUGCGCUGUGUGUCACUAACCGAUACUCAGCAGAGCGCAAUUGUUCCUGUAACAGCUCCGUCUCAUGUAGGGCAUUGGCGACGCUUGCAAUCCACACAUAGUCCUACCUAAGCUUCUACUCUGUCGUGCACGCCCUAGUAACGUCUAUCACCUGGCAAAGCGGAGCGGCAUGCGGGCGCUGAACUUCGACUGGUGGGCUCGGACAGACGGGGCGCAAGCGACGACUAGGCGAAUACUAAGGGACUGCCGUGGAACAUGCCCCUUGGUUCUGCAAACUAAAGCGUUGUUGACGCUGUGCCUACUGCUUUUCAUCGCUGGGCGGCGUUAUGUUGCAGCAAGCACCGAUUCUGAAGUCGGCAUCGGCGAGGGCGACAGCUGGCUGAUGACGGAUAGCACCCUUUCGACGAAAGGGCGUUGGCGUGUGGCUUCCAGGAUAUUAGCACAGGACGGAGCAGGGCCUGCCUAUCCAUUAGAACCACCAGCCUACCCAGCAUCAAUGCCACCUCCAUACGGGACUUCAGACAGCAACCCAGACAUGUUGUCAAGUCAGCCCCCGUCAUACCUCGGACCUCCCACAUACCCCACAUACGCUAGCCCGACACCAACACCAACAUCCCCAGUUAACCCUCAACCGCCCUCACCAGCUUAUACUGCCUCUCAUCAGAUGCCCCCACCCUCGUUUUAUGGUCCAUCAACAAUGCCGGUUCAGCUCCCUCCCCCAGCACCCAGCCCGCCUCCUCCUUACACGCCAACGUAUGCGAGCCCGCCAUAUCCUCCUACCUUUCAGCCGCCAUCGCCUAAUGGCCCGCCAACAAUGCCGGUCCAGCCCCCUCCCCCAGCACCCAGCCCGCCUCCUCCUUACACGCCAACGUAUGCGAGCCCGCCAUAUCCUCCUACCUACCAGCCGCCGUCGCCUAAUGGCCCGCCGACAAUGCCGGUCCAGCCCCCUCCCCCAGCACCCAGCCCGCCUCCUCAUUACACGCCAACGUAUGCGAGCCCGCCAUAUCCUCCUACCUUUCAGCCGCCAUCGCCUAAUGGCCCGCCGACAAUGCCGGUCCAGCCCCCUCCCCCAGCACCCAGCCCGCCUCCUCCUUACACGCCAACGUAUGCGAGCCCGCCAUAUCCUCCUACCUUUCAGCCGCCAUCGCCUAAUGGCCCGCCGACAAUGCCGGUCCAGCCCCCUCCCCCAGCACCCAGCCCGCCUCCUCCUUACACGCCAACGUAUGCGAGCCCGCCAUAUCCUCCUACAUACCAGCCGCCAUCGCCUAAUGGCCCGCCGACAAUGCCGGUCCAGCCCCCUCCCCCAGCACCCAGCCCGCCUCCUCCUUACACGCCAACGUAUGCGAGCCCGCCAUAUCCUCCUACCUUUCAGCCGCCAUCGCCUAAUGGCCCGCCGACAAUGCCGGUCCAGCCCCCUCCCCCAGCACCCAGCCCGCCUCCUCCCUACUACACAGGCACGCCACCAUCGCCCAUCAAUCCGCCGCCUUCAUACCCUGCCCCUCACUCCACAGAGCCAGUUCAGCCCCCUGCUGUGGCACCUAGCCCGCCUCCCCCCGACACAGCCAUUACCAGAAAGCCUCCAAGCCCAGUGCCUGUAGACUCCAGCCCCCCACCUCCGUACCCACCUGCAUACCCCAGUCCUCUCCCACCCAGCCCUCCUUACCCUCCGCCGCCAUCGCCUACACCUCCCAGCCCGCAGCCUCCGGCACCGACGCCUCCCAGCCCUCAGCCGCCCUCGCUCGCUCCCCUGUACCCUCCACCUCCGUCGUCCGCUCCUCCUUACCCACCACCUCCCUCCCCCUCACCUCCCAGCCCUCAGCCUCCUUCAACACCACCGUCCGGCCCCUUACCACCCUCCCCAAGCCCGCCUAGCCCUCCACCACCCUCCCCCUCACCUCCCAGCCCCCAGCCUCCUUCGACCCCACCGUCCAGCCCCUUACCACCCUCCCCCUCACCUCCCAGCCCUCAGCCUCCUUCGACCCCACCGUCCAGCCCCUUACCACCCUCCCCCUCACCUCCCAGCCCUCAGCCUCCUUCGACCCCACCGUCCAGCCCCUUACCACCCUCCCCAAGCCCCCCUAGCC